AUAUGUGCGUGUUUUUCGUACUUGGGCGAGAGCUGAGGGAAAAAAAAUAAAACUGUGGGCAGAAAGAAAGAUUAGAUUAGUUCAUCGACAGACAGAGACAUUUUUUAAUCGCCUUUUGUAUAAUCAGUCAUUGGUGUGACAAUAGCUGCUGUUGUACAACGAAAAUGCCAAAUAUAACCAAUUUAUCCCAUUUUCCUCUAAAGGUCAUAUUUGCUAUUCACUUCCUACUUGUGACAUGGAUUAUGCAAGGAAAUUGGUGUCCAGAGACUAGCGUGUUCUUUUAUAAUAUACUAUUUUUUGUUUGUAUAUUAUGGGCUAUUCAUAAUACAGAAUCAGACGAGCCACUCCAAUUUGCACUUUUUAUAAAUGUAAUCUCCAUAUUCCUGGAUGUGAUCACUUUAUCGGUCUAUUAUCCAACAGAACCGUAUCACGAUAUACUCAAUAGAUUCAGUGCCUCAUUUAUGAUUAUAAACUUAAUUGCGCGUCCUAUCACAAGUAUAUAUCUGCUACGGAUAGCCAAAGGGAGAAAUGGCAGUUUAACUACAGUAUUUGCAUCAGAUCCUGCCACGGGUUACCAGAGACAGGACUACGAGGAGAUUUCUCAUUCUGUUCCACAGAAUUCUGAUUUUGACGGGAUUUAAAAUUGAAAAGAGUUUGCUUCGAACAAAAAAACUCUCAAUGCAAUAUAUAUAUAUAUAUACAUACACAUGUUUGUGACAUAAUAUAUUUUUAAGCAAAUGUUUCAAGACUUAAUAAUAAGAUUUACAAUAUUGUAUGUUAACUUAUUACAUAAGACAACUUUUUAUACACAGCGAAAUCGAAGAUUACGUAUUUUCAGUUAACAUGUUGCAUUUCUAAUGUUUGGAUAACUCUUGUUGUGUAGUUUUAUAUAUUAAUGAUAUGGAUCACAAAAUGUUACUUAGAGGCAUAAGUUACUUUAAUUAACUAAUAAUAUUUUCGAAUCGUACUGAUUCUACAACGACAAGCGAUCACGCGUCAAGCUCGCGCGAAUCUCAAUUAUCUACGAAUUAUCGAAUUAUCUAAUUUUGUCACACAUGUACCUAAUAAUCCAUGUAUAUACAAAAUCUGUAUAAACUAUUUCUACAUUCUCAAUAAAUGUGAAAGAUUUGGUUUUUUAAUAAACAGCGUUACAGAGAAAAGAGAGAAAAAACUUAGAAAUCCGUCGCGCCGUAAUUCGCCGCAUAAAGACUUUUGCAACAUUGUUUUUAUUGCAUAAAAAUCUCUUUAGAUUCGUUCAUCUCGAUACAAAGUGCAUAUCUUUGUUUCUAGAGCGCGUGCA